AGCUUUGAGACCAUUUGAGAGGCCUUGAUAUAAAAAUCACAGCUCCCACCUGUUUCUGCUUGCUGACAGAAACUUCCUAGUGGUAGGCAAAAUGGCUUUUCAUUCUGUAUUUCUGGUUUUCUUAGCUGGCCUGGCACUUUGCUCUGAAGCUGCACCAUCGGACCCUCUUGAUGCCAAGCAUCCUCUUUCCGUAAAAGUUGUGGAUUCAGUCCGAGGAAGUCCAGCUCCAAAUGUUCCAGUUAAAUUAUACAAAGAAGCUGCAGAUGGAUCUUGGGAACUGUUAAAUUCAAAACAAACCAAUGAAAAAGGAGGCCUCCCAGAGCUUACAACUAGAGAACAAUUUGUGGCAGGGUUAUACAAGCUUGAGCUUGAUACAGCCUCUUACUGGAAGAGUAUGGGCUUGAAUCCCUUCCACCACCAUGCUGAUGUGGUGUUUACAGCCAACGAUGCUGGUAAUCGGCAUUACAAGAUUGCUGUUGUCCUUAGUCCCUUCUCUUACUCAACUACAGCAGUAGUUAGUGACCCAGUGGAAUAGAAGCUGACAUUAAGCAUGAAAAUUCAGUUGUGUAAAUUAAAAUUUCCAGAAAUUAUAAGAACUUGGUAUCUGACUGUAUCAACAGCUUUAGAUUUCAUAGUAAAACACCAACAGUAAGUUUUUUAUUCACUUUGUUUACCUUAGGAAGAAAGUGUAUUGACUUUGUUUCCAAAUACUCUUCUAAAUAAAAGCAUUCUGCAUUUCUGUAUUGCCA